GGCUUUGCACCAGGGUCAUUGACCCCUGGCCUGAAGGAAGGAAGCCACCGUUCCUUAGCAACAGCAACUCCUGUGGCGUCGGAGCCGCGGGCGGCAAAAUCGCUGGAGGUGACGACGACGGCAUGUGCGAAGGUCCGUCGCGCAUUUCGGGACCCAUCCCCCCAGACCCUACCCUCUGCCCUGACUACUACCGGCGACCGGCCUCGGCCCAAGGACGCCUGGAGGGAAACGCGCUGAGACUGGGCCUGCUGACCUCGGACGGGGACCUGGACGCCACCCCUCCCCGCGGCCCGCGCAUUGGUCAGGGAGGCCGACAGAUCCUGGAGCGUGGCCAGCGCGGCGUAGGGGCUGUGUUGCUGCAACUCGAGGGCAUCUCCCUAGGCCCAGGGACCUCCUCUAAGAGGAAGGAUCCUAAAGACCAUGAAAAGGAGAACCUGAGGCGGAUCAGGGAGAUCCAGCGGCGUUUCCGAGAGCAGGAGCACAGCCGGGAGCAGGGCCAGCCCAAGCCCCUGAAGGCUCUGUGGCGCUCACCCAAGUAUGACAAGGUGGAGUCCCGGGUCAAGGCCCAGCUGCAGGAGCCUGGCCUCGCCUCUGGGACAGAGCCUGCCCACUUCCUGCGGGCACAUUCCCGCUGUGGCCCUGGGCUCCCCCUGCCUCGGGUCCCUAGUCCCCAGCUAACCUCACCAAGUCCCAAGCCUAAGGGGCCAGGCCUAGGCGUGGACUUCAUUAGUCACAAUGUCCGAGCUGCCAAGAGAGCCCCCCGGCGGCAUUCCCGCUCAUUGCAGGUGCUGGCACAAGUGCUGGAGCAGCAACGGCAAGCCCAAGAGCGCUACAACGCCACACAGAAGGGCCAUGUACCCCAUUACUUAUUGGAGCGGCAAGACCUGUGGCGGCGGGAGGCUGAGGCCCGCCAGCAUAGCCAGCCAGACCCUGCCAUGCCCCCUGGCCACACACUCAUGCCUGAGAACCAGCGGCUGGAAACACUGAGCAGUUUGCUCCAAAGCCAGAGCCAGCUGCUGCGUGAGCUAAUAUUGCUGCCUGCCGGGGCAGACUCACUAAGAGCCCAAGGCCACCGUGCUGAGCUGGACAGGAAGUUGGUGCAGGUAGAAGAGGCCAUCAAGAUUUUUUCCCGACCCAAAGUCUUUGUAAAGAUGGAUGCCUAAGCCCCUUUGUGGGAGUGGUGGCAGAGAGAGCCACAGAAAGAUUGCCACAUGGCUGCAAAGGACAGGGUUGUGCCCUAUCACAGAAUGGCAGUCUGAAGACAGGAGCCAU